AUGAGAGUAGACUCUUUUAUUCGCAUUCGGCCUUUUAUUGGCAAAGAGAUAGGAGGGAGUCGAGGGUAUCAGGUACUGGGGGACGCCGUAGACUUCCAGGAUGACUUAAUAGGGCGUCUUCCGUGCUCAGAAGUAUUUGACCUCAGCAGUACCCAGGCGUCAAUUUUUAAAACAGUUGCAGCCCCCUUAAUAGAUGCAUCUUUGCUAGAAGAUAAAACCCCCGUUUUAUUUGUUGCAGGCCCUGCUUCGAGUGGGAAAUCAUUCACCAUAGAAGGAAACCCAGAUGAGAAUUGCGCAGCAGGGCUCAUAUAUAAUGCGCUAAAGUACAUACUCAACAAUUCUCCCGAUAAGCUGAGCUUAGCUGCACUUGCCGUCAGUCCCCUUCUUAAAAGCAUUGACUUGUUAGCCCUCAGUUUCGAUCCUGUUCCCGUGACAGUUCCAGUUGAUCCCGUACUCACACCCUCUGUUCGGUAUGACAGCUUUCUCCGACCUGUGCUUCAGUUGGCAGAUUCCGUAGAUUUGAUAAAGUUGGGGUCUCGUCAACUUCGGCGACUUCAGCGCAAAGGGAUUUGGAAUUCUCUUUGGGUCAUGGAGUAUGAGAUAAAGGGCUUUCACGGCCGGCUUUCCGUUGCGGAAAUUAACGUAUUUCCGUGUUCUCUCCGAGUAGACCUACAUCUCAAGACGAGCUUAGAGAAAGUCAUAGCAGGAGUUAGGCAUUAUGACUAUGUGACGGAUGAAGACUUAGUCGUAGAUCCCCUUUUGCAGCUUCUUCGGGACUGUUUUAAGACAGACAGAGGACUGGUAAGCUUUAUUCUUUGCUUGAGUGAGGCCACCAAGGCGCAGGAUUUUCAGAUGACAGAGUCUCUGGUGAAGCAGAUGUUUGGGGUGGUAGAAUCUGCCCUUGAGCGGUCUAAGAGGCUUUUAGCGUCUAAGGAUCUAAAGUCCUGUACUUUUCAUAUGUAA